AUGGGGUUCGAUUGGAUAAAUAGGGUGAGAUUCAUCAAAGGAACAGCUACUGCACUUGCUUACAUGCACCAUGAUUGCAUUCCAACAAUAAUUCACAUGGACAUAUCUAGCAACAAUAUUUUGCUGGACUAUGAAUAUGAAGCUCGUGUUUCUGAUUUUGGUACCGCGAGGAUUUUGAAGCCAGAUUCAUCCCAUUGGACUUCACUUGAAGGAACCUAUGGAUAUGUUGCUCCAGAGCUUGCAUAUACAAUGAAGGUGACAGAAAAGUGCGACGUUUAUAGCUUUGGGGUGGUCAUACUAGAAGUACUAAUGGGUGGGCAUCCAUCUGCACUCAUCACAUUAAUCUCGCAAAUUCUUCUGCAAUCUUCAUCUGCGAGUAAUCUCGGGCAAAACACAAAAUUAAGAGACAUUUUGGAUCAGUGCAUUGGAACACCACCAGAUGUUGUUCAGAAGGAAAUAAUGCGUAUUGUGAAAGUUGGAUUUUCAUGUUUACGUGGUGAUCCACUUACUCGUCCAACUAUGGAAGAAAUAUCAGCACAUCUAUUAUCAUUAGCUCAGAGCAACACAUCUUUUCCGAAGUCCUUUGAAACUAUUACUUUAACAGACCUACUCACGUCAGAAAAGGUUUUAGUUUGUGUCAUCUUUGAUUUUGGUGCUGUCUCUAUGGAUCCUCACCAAAGCAAAAGUUCUUCUUAUGGAAACACCAGAUUUACAGUCCCUAACCCUAAUUCUUCUUCAAGCUUGAAAUCCAAAGGAUCUCUCAAGAGGAAUCCGUCGCAGAACAAAGGAGAUUAUGAACUCGAGACCGAUGGUUGUAAGAAGUUGAAGAUUAAGAGAAUUCGGAAAGCCCCGAUGCUCAACAUGGAUCUUUCCAUUCCUAAUUUUUACUGUAAGGAAGUCGAGGUUCCUCCUUGCAUUAAUGUUGACGCUUCCUCAUAA